CUUUGUUCCCUGUUCGUCAGCAGCCCAGAAGCAGGAGUGUUGAUAAAGCUGUAAGAGAGCUGCAGCAGCAGCAGUUGAUGAACUCUGGAAAGAAGUCCAGCAGCUUGAGGAACAUCUGGUCAAAGAAACUGGAGGGAAGCAGGAGCUCAAACAGCGGCAGGACGCAGCAGAGGAAGAGACACCAGAUGAUGGAUGAUGUUUUCCAGCCCAGAUUAGUGCUGCCAGCAGAUGUUAAAGAAGAGGCUCCUGAAGAACAGAGUCCUGAUGUGGAUCAGCAGGAGCCAAAGCCCCUCCAGAUAAAGGAGGAACAGGAGGAACUCUGGACCAGUCAGGAAGGAGAGCAGCUCAAUGUGAAGGAGGAGACUGAUACCAGGUUUCCAUUAACUGCAGCUCCUAUCAAGAGUGCACUUGAUGAAGCGCUUGAAUAUAUUAAGGAGCUGGAAGCCAGGCUGGAGAAAGUGGAUUUGUCUCCCACACUUUUUAGUCGCUACUGUGUCUCUGAUGACCAGAUCCGGUUCUACACCAAAUUCCCAUCAGAGAGUGUUGUCCGGAUCUACUGGGAGUCCAUUGCAUCAUCUGCGUCCCGUCUUGUGUACUGGACCAGAGCACCAAAAAUUGGAAAUGAAGCAUUUUCUGAACCCAGGCCUGCCCGCAGUAUGCCUUUGAUUGAUGAGUUUUUAAUGGACUCAUUCAGGGUUGCAGUGGGCAUGAAGGAGCAGCUUAUUGCUGACAUGUUUCAAGUGAGCAUUGCUACUGUCAGUCGAGUGACCAUCACCUGGGCCAACUACCUUUUUAUUGUAUUCUCUUCCAUCAACAUCUGGAUUAGCCGUGAGAAGGUAAAAGCCAGUAUGCCUCGGAGAUUCUUGAAGUUCUCUCCAAAUGUACGUGUCGUCUUGGACGGCACAGAAGUUGCUCUGGAGACUCCAUCAUCCCUCACAUUACAGUCUGAAACGUUCUCUGCCUACCAGAACCGCACCACUCUGAAAGGGCUCAUCAGAGUUGCUCCCUGUGGGUUGAUGACAUUUGUUUCAGCGUUGUACGCAGGCUGCAUCUCUGACAAAGAAAUCACUAAGGUCAGUGGAGUCCUUCCUCUGCUUGAGCCGGCGGAUGAAGUUAUGGCAGAUAAAGUCUUCCUCAUUCAAGACCUCCUUGAUGAAGUUGGAGCCAAACUGAUAAUUCCACCAUUUAAGCAUCCUGGCCAGUUUAGUGAGAAAGAGACAGAGCAGACCCAAGCCAUUGCUCGGCUGCGGAUCAUUGUGGAGCGAGCUAUCGCUAGAGUCAAGCGCUACCACAUCUGGGACGCUCCUGUGCCGCUCACUUUAAUAGGAACUGUCAAUCAGAUCUGGUUCAACUGUUGUUUUUUGGCAAAUUAUCAGAAGACUAAAUCAUUCAUGCAUGUAAAUUGUUGUAGUGAAAUUAAUUAUUGAAAUGUUUUAAAUUCUUUUAAACAUUUAAAAAUAAAACUUGAGCAGAA